AUGAAACAUUGUGUGUUUCCCCUUAAUGAUGUCGGCUCCUCUCUGCUCUUAAACUUCAUGCACGAUAAAGAGAACUCAAUCGUGAUGCGACGCGAUCGUCAUAGACACUAUGCGAUAACCUAUGAUUCAUGUGAUCAACCGUUGGAUAAUGUCAGAUGCAGAUCACGAAGGCAACAUGACGUUUCUAUAUGCAUAUGUGGUAGCCAUCAACGAAAAUGUUCGGAUUCUCCAUCACUUCUCGAUGCAAAUAACUGCAAAAUUUCACCCUCCUCCUUCGCACCACCGAUCAUAUAUCCAUCAUCUUCUGCUUCUACUGGAUUUUACCGGACCACGUCUACUUCCCACAACUUCAGUACACCAGCAAAACACACGACAAUGAGCAGAAAAACUACCACCACAACAAUCAAAACGACCACAAGAUCCACUAGGACGUCGUCUUCGUCCCGUCGAUCCUCGACUACAACUACGUCUAUGGCUCCAGUGAAACAUACGUCACCAAUGAGGCCGUUUACAAUAGGUGGAGCAAGCACUGUACCUCCUCGGUCGUCUCCUGCGUCCCAUAAACCGGCUACAACGACGUUACCUCACAUCAAUACUGGAUCUAAGCAACAAUUUACUACCUUCUUCUGUAUAUUUUUGUGUAUGAUGCUACCACCGCGACUGUACUUUUUCGUCGUUCUAGUUCACGGAUCCCUCACUGCGAAUGAAGAUUUCGCAUCUCCCGGUGGCCCAAAAGGGGAAUGGCCGAAAUCAAAUGAUCCUAUCGGUAACGAGGCACCGAUGAACGGUACCAUAUUGGCUGAAUAUUUUGUGGAAUAUCAUAACUGGAACAGUACCGUAAACACAAGCAUAACUAUGAAAUGGAUUGACAGUAUGGUUAAGGUUAUGUUUGUCGUUAAACCGUCACCGGAUUAUCCGCUCUACGUUCUCGUCAACAAUCGAAUUGCUGCGACCACCGCAAAACCGAAAGCGACAACCGUAAAGCCGAAUACGACAACGACGGAAACACCGACAACAACCACCAACGGUGGUUCUAUGAGAAUUUUCAAAAUUCUUCUUUUGUAUGGUCUUUGUUCACAUUGGUUGUACUGA